AUUACUUCAUUAUAUAUGCGCCUAUAUAAACUGAAGUCUGAAGCUUGGGUAGCCUAUAGUUGCUCUCAACAUCAUCUAUCUUAUGCGCCUUUAAGAGUUUUCCAGUUGUCUUCAGAAAGAAGAGCGAAAGGAAGAAGAAGAAAAGGGGAGACUUGUGGGUUUAAAAUGGAAUCAUACCAGUCUCAAGGCCUUGCGACAAGUGGUAAAGGAGUUGAUGAAGCUGACACAGCUACUAGCGAUCCUAGUGAUUCCAAACUUAAGAAUUCACUUCCGGAAAUUGAGGUUAAGAUACUCGGGAAGACAAUCCUCUUAAAUGUCUACUGUGAAAAUAAAAGAGGGAUUUUGGCAACAUUAGUUGAAGAGGUGGAAAAGCAUGACAUGAAGGUUCUCAAUUGUAGCAUGAUUCCCUUUGAGAGUUUUGCCUUGGACAUCACAAUUGUUGCACAGAUGGAAAAGGAUUUUAACCAGAAUGUGAAGGAUCUUGUACAAAGUCUUCGCUCUGUCCUCGUUGUGGCUAAUCCCGGAAGUUGAAAGGGUAAAGACCAUUAUGUUAUUGACAUCUAUAUGUUACCUUAGCAGUUAGCAUGACUACAUAUGGCCUAUGGGGGAGUAACCACAAUGUCCCGUGGUGUUGUAUCAUGUAAUCUUAUGGUUUUAUGGAAACUUCGCAAACUAAAAGUGUAAUAAUUGAUAAGUCGAUUCAUUUCUUAA